UCCGCGCUGCCGCCAUGAGCGCGGGGCCGGGAGCGGAGCCGGGGCUCGCUGAGCGCUCCGGCCAUGGCGGGGGCUCCGGGCCGGGAGCGCCGCUCGACCCGGGCCCCGACCACCCCCGGCACGGCGAGCCCGCGGGCCCGGGGCCCGGCGCGCCCGGCGGGCUGUUCGCCUGGCUGCGCGGGCGCUGCCUGGGCCGCGGCGCCGCCGUGGACCCGGCGCGGGACACGUUCGGCGCCAUGACCGGGCUGUACGGCGCCAUCCAGCCCGCCGACUCCGUGUCCCUCAGCACCCGCACCCACGGCGCGGUCUUCAACCUCGAGUACUCGCCCGACGGGUCGGUGCUGACCGUCGCCUGCGAACAGACCGAGGUCCUGCUCUUUGACCCAAUAUCCUCAAAGCACAUCAAGACUCUCUCUGAGGCCCACGAAGACUGUGUAAACAACAUCAGGUUUCUGGAUAACCGACUGUUUGCAACGUGCUCCGACGACACGACGAUUGCACUCUGGGACUUGAGGAAGCUGAACACCAAAGUUUGCACUCUGCAUGGCCACACCAGCUGGGUCAAGAACAUCGAGUACGACACCAACACGAGGCUGCUGGUGACGUCGGGCUUCGAUGGAAACGUGAUCAUCUGGGACACCAACAGGUGCACAGAGGAUGGAUGUCCCCACAAGAAGUUCUUUCACACCCGCUUCCUCAUGCGAAUGAGGCUGACGCCAGACUGUUCCAAAAUGCUCAUCUCCACCUCCUCUGGUUACCUCCUGAUUUUGCAUGACCUUGACCUAAACAAGUCCUUAGAGGUUGGCAGCUACCCGAUUUUAAGAGCCAGGAGGACCACGUCGAGCUCAGACAUAACGUCGUCUGGCUCCUCUGGCCCUCGAGCUGUGGGUUCACCCUGUCACCAGAAUGACUCGAGUCCACUUUCUGAGAAACACUUGUCACGGUCUUCCCAGCGAGAAGGUGGAUCACCCAGGAAUAGCUUGGAGGUGUUGACACCAGAGGUUCCUGGAGAAAGAGAUCGUGGGAACUGCAUCACGUCGCUGCAGCUGCACCCCAAGGGCUGGGCCACGCUGCUCCGGUGCUCCAGCAACACUGAUGACCAGGAGUGGACUUGUGUCUAUGAAUUCCAGGAAGGAGCCCCGGUGCGCCCCGUGUCCCCGCGCUGCUCGCUGCGCCUGACGCACUGCAUCGAGGAGGCCAACGUGGGCCGGGGGUACAUCAAGGAGCUCUGCUUCAGCCCCGAUGGCCGCAUGAUCUCGUCCCCGCACGGCUUCGGCAUCCGCCUGCUGGGCUUCGACGCGCAGUGCCGGGAGCUGGUGGACUGCCUGCCCCGGGAGGCCAGUCCCCUGCGCGAGAUCCGCUCCCUGUACUCCCACAACGACGUGGUGCUCACCACCAAGUUCUCCCCCACGCACUGUCAGAUCGCCUCGGGGUGCCUUAGUGGACGCGUCUCCCUCUACCAGCCCAAGUUCUAGGCACAGCAGUGGGGCCUGUGCGUGGAUGGCUGUGGGCUGUACUUCAGCUCUCUCCGAAAUCUCUAACUCCAGAUGGGAUCUCGGUUACUGUGCUCUUGGAGCACGGCCCUGGAAGGAUUUUCCAACCCAGCACUGUGCAGAUCUUCCUCCUGCACUUACAAGCCCGUGGCCGUGUCCCAGAGCUGGCAGAGCUCUGCUGUUGCUGGUCCUGUGCCAUUGGGUCGCUGUCCUGCUGUGUUUGUACCCUGAUACUUGAUCAUUUCCUUCAGUGCAACUGGAAUGAGCUGUUGGAGACAGUGCAGAGGGGGCCCAGGUGCCUCCUGUCUGAGAGGAGCUGGACUCUGCCUCACCUCCGCUUCCUCCUCUGUCACUGAAGCAACUUGGUGGUGGUUUGUAGAUAAUCACCUGCUUGUCUACAUAAGCAACACACUUAGUUACUGACACAAAAAAAAAAAAAGGAAAAGGAAAUUUUGCUUUCAUUUCUAUAUGAACUUGGUUGUGGUUGGCUAGAAAAAUGAGUCACAGGGUGGCAGGGACCACUGAAGGUCAGCCAGGCCCAUCCCCUGUGCAGGCAGGCCCCCUCAAGCCCCUCACUCAGCACUGACCCAGGAAGAACUCCAGUGCUUCAUGUAAUGGGGCAGCUCUGGCUCCUCCACUCAUGGGUUUCUGCUGUGGGGAGUUUUCCACACCAUCCCACAUCUGAAACACCGUGGCUUUCUGCUGAUGUUGGGGUGUUUCCCACCUGGCUGUUUUUCCACACCUUGCCUGCACUCUGGCUGUUGAAGGAAUUCAUUUGGAUGUGUACAUAGUAUCACCAGAUGAGCCUUUCUUCAUGUGUGUUAUCAGUUUGGAGAGAUUAAAACCAAACCUGUCAACAGUGUGAUCUGUCUGGAUCUCACUAGGCUUUUCGCCAGAUGGGGAACACUGUAACAUUCAUCCUGCUGAAGGGUCUGCAGGGGAAACCUUAUGAGGAACGGCAGAGGGCACUUCUUUAUUCAGCCUGGAGGGGAUUGAGGGAGGGUCUCAUUGGGGUCAUCAGCAUCCUCCCGAGGGGCAGCGGAGGGGCAAGUACUGAUCUCUGCUCUCUGUGAGCAAUGACAGGAUCCAAGGGAAGGGAUGGACCUGUGUCAGGGAGAUUUAAGUUGAGUAUUAGGAAGAGGUUCUUCCCUGAGAGGGUGGUCGGGCAUUGGGAGAGUGGUCAUGGCCCCAAGGCUGCCAGAGCUCUCAGGGACAGGGUGGGAUUGUUGGGGUGUCCUGGACAGGGCCAGGAGUUGGGUUGAGUGGUCCUUUUGGGUCCCUUCCUACUCAAUGGAUUCUGUGAUCACACCCAAAGUACAAAUACCAGGUUUCAGCUCCCAAGUUAAUAGAGCCAACCUUGUAAAUGCAUACGUAUUUCAGUCCACAUCAGUUUAUAACAUUCUCUUCACUUAUGUGUCCCAAGAUCAGGUUUUUUUUUAGUAUUUCACUGAAGUUUCACUGGCCAGUCACACACUCAGUUCAGAAGGGAACUUUAGAACUUUACCUGAAAGGAUUGUCAGCUUUUGGUGUUCAGGUUCACUGUCUGUGGCUCAACAGAGCACACUCAUUCAAAGCUGACUCUUACAAAGCCUUUUGCAAAACACAUUUGGGGAUAAAAACAACAUUUCUGGAGGUGAGAAAGCUGGAAGCAUAAGCCUGAGGAUCCUCCUGUAGCUUUGGAUUUGUGCAGGUAACAUACCCUGGUGGUGCUGGAGAAAUUAUUGAACUUAAGGCUCCUCUGCAUUAUGAGAGAAGAAAGUCCUGAAUUUCCUGUUGUGGAGAAUUUCUUUGGUAAUAGGAAGCCUUCAGUAUUUGGUGUUUGGUAAUCUGAGGGCAAUCAUCCCUUUGGCUGGCACCCAGCCUGAGCCUGAUCCUGCACCUGAACACGAGGGUCUGGGGUUGUUGGAGCAGCUCAGGGUCAGCUCCCUUGGCUGUGGGUUAAUGCCCUGGGAGGAAAGUGUGCAGGAAACCAGGGACAGCUGUGGAAUAGAAGAUUUUUAUGCAAAGAAGGAGCUACAAGGAGUAGCAAGCUGUCUGGGGAAAAUCCAGGUCCUGUCCCGGACCACCAUGGCUUUUCCCUGGGCAGUUGCUCUCCCACUACCAGGCUGCUUUCUCACCUCACUUGGUGUUUUCUUACACGUCACGGAAGGGACUACAGAGACAUUCGAGGGAGUCUCACAGUUCUUACGGACUUGCACUGUGGUUUUUUUGGAGGUGAAGGACCACCCACGGAAUAAAAGCAUUUUUUUGGGUGAGUCUGUCUGUCUGCUUUCAAGGCUGGUUUUGUUCUUUCCUGUUGGGACUUCCUCGGACUAGUGGAUCCCUAGUGACUGUAACGCUAUGCCUGUGAAUAUGCACUGAGUGUUACUUUUUUAAUUCUACCUCAUGAUACGCUGUGUUUUACACCAGUAUUGUGCUGAGCAUUGGACACUCACCGUUCUGUAUGAAGAACUGUUACCCCAAAGUGACACAUGUCACCACACCUUGGUAAGACCUGUGGUGGGCUGAGUGGCCCCACCUGGCUCUGGGACUGAGAGCUCACCUGGUGAGGGGAUUUGGUCACCUUGAUGCUUUUGUAGUGUGUCCAGCAGAUGCAUAAAACAAUGGAAUCUGUACAUGUAUGCUGUAGAAAUGUUACUUUGUCCUUCUGAUGACAUUUGUAAUACGUUUGAAUUGGACUAAGUAGGUAGUCUUAGACUUCGGUCAUUUGAUUGAUUACUCCGUUUCAACAACACUUGGAAGUUUUCCGUGCAGGGUUUACCACGCUGUGCCUGUGAAGUUCACUGCUCAGUGGUUCACGGCUGGCACGCCUCGCAGACACGUCGUAGUGGGAGGAUUUUCAGUUCUCUUACAGUAACAUUACUGAAGCAAUUAAGUUUUGUGUCCGUGAGCUUUGGGUUAUUUCCAAAUAGUCAAAAAAACCCCCACAAAACUGUUUAUCAUAGUUGUGUUUUCCAAGGUUGAUUGCUUAACCUUGAGAAGUGUAUAAAACUGUGAAGAAGAGUUUCCAAGAGAGAUGAAGGACUGUGCUGGCAGCUGGCGAGGGGGUGGCUCACACCAGGGGUGUCUGUAAACUGGUGCUGCAGCACUCGAUAAAUUUCACAGCGUUUCUCCUGGGGACAGAGCUCUGUCUCGCUGUGCAGUGUGUUGUGUGUUGUUAAAUGCUUGGCUUUGUACUCAAGAACGUCUGUAGUGAAAGAAUUCCUGGCUGUCGCGCAGAGCUGGUCAGCAGCUGCAGAUCUGUGCGGAGGCCACACCCGGCAGUGCCUGAGGAACCAGAGCUGUGCUGGAGCUGAUUCUCUGCCACAUCCCGUGGCUGUGGCAGCACUGCAUUUCCAGGGUCUCCCGGUGGUGAGGGGAGAGGGGGAGAGGCCGUCACCGGGGCCCUGUGGCCACACUCAGGUGUGUGCAUGGGGUCAUCGGGGCGUGCACAGCCAGGGGCUCCAGUGCAGUGUCAGCCAGGACAGCCCAGGGAGAAAUGGGGAUAGGAAGGAAAGCACAGCGAUACAGACACACACGUUUGUUUGCACUCUUGGAGUCUUGGGGUAAGGACAGUUCAAUGCCUACUACCAGAUUUAGAAUGUAAGCAUCAGGGUUUUCUGGGGGCUUGGGGGGAGAGGGGUGGGGCUUGGUUGAUUUUUUUGUUUGUUUGUUUGUUUGUGUUGUGGUUUUGAUUUGGGUAACACUGAUAUGGAGAAGGUUCUGACACGGAAGAACAUGGGUCUGUUGCUUUAGGACAUACAUAGAAACUCCAAGAAAACAGAAACUUGCCAAAUGGAAGCUUUUAAAAAAACCUACUUUACAAGGUUCUAAAAAGUUGGAGUGAAAGGAAGAAGUCAACGACCCAUCCUGUUUUUGUCCUGCAGGAAACAGAAACUUCUCAUUUUCUGACCUUAGUCAAAGGUACAUUUUCUAAAGCACUAAGUAUCCUCAAUUAAGUAUAAGGUUUUUACUACAAAAAUAAAUUGUGCAUGUAGAAUAUUUUGAAAUACCUGAGAUUUCAUAGUAAAAACUGUAGCCUUUUAAUACCAUAUAUGAAGUAUCAGAACUGCUCUGAAAGUAUUGUACUUACAGCCGUACAGUAACUUACUAUUUGUGGACAGUUUCUCUUGCUUGCAUAAUAAACACUUAAUAAUUCACUGAAUUAAAAUUAUUUUAUGA